AGAUAGCAAAAAGAGGAACAGCAUCUUUCACGCGCAAAAAAAGAACGAAAAAAGCAGUGGGAACUAAUUAGCGACUCGAGGCGGUGGCGGCAUAGGAAACGAUCCCUCAAUCCGGGUUUCUUGAGCAACAGCAGCUCGCUUAAAUAAAAGACAAAAAUCGUGCCGCGAACACCGCCGGCCACCAGCCCUCUCUCCACCGUGGCAAGCAGAGGAUGAGUUGGGAACCAUCGAAACUUCUAGGCUAGGACGAAGUAAAUCGGUAACAAUCGUCCCCGACGACCGAGGGUGGAAAGCUUGUUAUAUGUUGUGUUGGUCUAAUGAAACAACAAGCCUUCGGAUCGACCACGAGAGAGUGGAGAGGGAUAUGCUUUUGAUGUCGUCAUCGUCGAUUGUGGCCAAUAUUUGCGAACCUUUUUUCCCUGAUUUUGUUUUGUUUUUGCAUUUUGGUCGGUACAUUCAUUUUCAUCGUUGCCGAUGAAUACGAAUCCCUAUAAUUACCGUCUUCAUGGCGUCGGUUGCGGUGAAGUUUGGAUUGCUAUUCCGUUGCCAAUUGCUCAGAAGGUUCAGGACGAAAGUAAUUUUUAGUAAUCUAAUCAACAUCAACACCGUUCCGUGGUCGCUACAUGAAAGUAGACAAAAAUCAGCAUAGAAAACGAAGAACACGAAAUCAAUCAUUAGUUUAGACCGAAGUGAAUCAGAGAAAGGUUGCCAGAAUUGUGUGGCCCGUGUUUGUGUUAAACAAGAAUUGAGAAUAUCCUUUUUUUCCUUUUUGAAGACAUGAGUGUCACAGCGCAAUGGAUUGUGGCUACUGCAAGCAGCAGUGCUUUGCAUAAUGAGUGCAGACACACGCUGUUUAUUGGUUAAGAGCAGUCGAAUUGAAUCGAACAAUGGAAACACGUUUAAUCGUGCGAACAGGAUAGUGUUCAUGUUUAUAGCACAACAUACACUAAAAAAGUAACAAAUAGCGUCGAAGCAUUAAGUACUUAAGUCCACGCAGCGCAGCAUACGUAUUGGCUAAUGAUGGGCGAAGGCGGAUAAUAGUGCUCUCGAUACCAAUUGAUUUGCUUCUUGCACAUUAUCACUACCAUCCCUUGUUUGUGCCCUUUCAAGAUAACGACUGCACGAAUGUUGUACAACGACAUCGAGGUUUUCGUGCCGUUGUCCGGCGGCGGUACGUCGUGCAUUACUUAAUCCAUCCAUGAAAGAGGUUCCUUGAAAUCGAAACACCGCCGUGCGGGAGUGACUUUCGAGUGGGCAUACACUACCGUGUGCCGGCUCUCCUCCGGGUCCCCCGCUAAUGUGUUAAUGCGUUAAUGUAAGGAAAGCAAAUGGCAGCAGAAUAGCAUAAGGAAUAUAUUUUUUAAUUAGUUAAACGCGAGCGAGCUACUUAAGCAGCAGGAUAAGCGUUUCGUUUUUUCUCUUCAUUUCUCUUCCCUUUUUUUCUUGGAUUGUAAGUUUAACUGGCAGCAGGAGAACUAUAUUUAAUGAUGGGAGAGCAUGGGUUGUGCGCGGCAUAUGUUUCUCCUCUUUCCCUUAGAUUAUACUUUGCACAAAGUGUCCAUAUUCAGGAAUUCUUAAGAAGUUUACUGUUAUUCUGUCUCUUCGCAAUCAUUUCCGUCGCACGGCUUACAUCCCCCCUAUCCAUCUACACAAGCAAAAUAACAAUCACUCGGAGCGUUCGGAACAAUCUCGUAGAAAAGGAAUCUCAAUUUAAAUUUUGAAUCUGCGAACUCGAACUGUGAAUUUUCCUCUCCCCCCACGAGGUUUUUUUACACUACAAAAGCAUCAGCAUUUAUUGUCAUUACAAUGGGCAGCUCCACUUAAUGAUUGAAAUGAAACGGUAUACUUAAUGUGGAAGGUGGGGGGUGAGAACACAGAACAAGAAUGAUCUUUACACUUUUACGGCACUACUAUUACUACCGUUAUUUGCCAUCGUCACGCUCCAACGAAAGCACGCCACAAAUUCAUCUGCGGAAAAAUUUAAAAUCGUGUGGUGUUGACCUCCGUGCGCGCGUGACCUGUGAGGCGAUGGUGGACCAGUUUCAUAAAUGGAAUCGAAUUCUUAAACGAAAAGCGAACUCCCUUCUAUUUUUUUUAAACCCAAUAAAGUGUAUAUAUACUUCGAUGGAAUAAAUCGCCUCCAAAUAAAUUUACCAUGCUUAAUGGGAUUUU